AUGUUUAGGCAAAUAGUUGGCUCAUUGAGGUAUGUGUGUAAUAGUAGGCCUGAUAUCUGCUAUGCAGUGAGUGUCAUUAGCAGAUUCAUGCAUGAUCCAAGGAAACCUCACAUGAUAGCUGCUAAGAGAAUCCUCAGAUAUCUUAAAGGUACUUUGGAACUUGGCUUGCUAUUCCCUAUUGGUACAAGCAGUGCAGGGAGUACUUUGAUAGGGUAUUCUGAUAGUGAUUGGUGUGGAGACAUAACUGAUAGGAGGAGUACAUCAGGUUAUGUUUUCAAGUUCAAUAAUGCUGCAAUCUCUUGGUGUACAAAGAAACAAGCUGUGACUGCACUCUCAUCCUGUGAAGCUGAGUACAUAGCAGGCACAUUUGCAGCAUGUCAAGCAAUUUGGCUGAAUUCAGUAAUGAAGGAAAUCAAAUGUGAACCAGUGAAGCCUUUAAUCCUUAGGAUUGAUAACAAGUCUUCUAUAAGCCUUGCUAAAAAUCCAAUUUCACAUGGCAGGAGCAAGCACAUUGCUACCAGAUUUCACUUCAUCAGGGAACAAGUGGCAAAUGGUAUGAUUGAGGUGCAAUAUUGUCCAACAGAGGUACAACUUGCAGAUGGUUUUACCAAAGCAGUAAAACUUGACAGGUUUGAGUUCUUGAGGAGGAGUUUAGGUCUGGUUGCUUGCAAUUCAAGUAUGAAUUAA